AUGGACAAGGUUCCGGGCGAUGGCAGUGAAUGGACAGUCACACCGGACUGGGAGGAGAUGACUGGCCUUGUUCAUGACCUUUACCACAUAGCCGACCUUCCCGACCUAACGACUUUGAAAGAAAGGUUCAAGAACGAACCUCUUUACCUCGAUGUCAUUGACGCCAUCGUGGGCCUUUCAUCUGAAGGCACAACGAUAUGGGAGCGGAAACGUGCACAGCAUAGGAAGACCCAAUACAUGCUUGAGGACGGUAAACUCUGGUUCAUCGGAGGUGGUAGUGGUGCAAGGGCACGAGCCAGGAGGGAAUGCAUUUCGAAGGUGGAGGCGGUUGAGCAGGCAAAACGAGAGCAUGAACAAGGCGGGCACUGGCACAGGGACUCAGUGAAACUGGCACUGCUGGACCGAUACCACAGCCCAAAGCUGGAUGAGUCAAUCAUCAAAGGCAUCAUGGCUGCACACGUUGCAAGAAUUUCGGAAGUACACAUCUACAUUCCCUUCUUCAGCCAAUAA